AUGAUCAUGGACACUUUGGACUCGCUGCCCAAUCAGCACCUGCACCACCACCACCACCACCACACCUCCGCUUAUCUGCUGACGGAGAGCGCUGCCGCAGCUGCGGCUGCACACCACUUCAACGUGCUCAGCUUCGACACUUGCCUUUACAAAACCAGCGCCGGGAGCAUUGGUGGCGGCAGCCCAGUGCCCGCUUCCAUUUGCUCACCCGCUGAGGAUCAUUCCCCUUGCGAAGCACAACCAGGGGAUUUGAAUACCCCGGUUACUACAUCUGGUGACGCUCCGAGCUUCUUCGGUCCCAGCACUGUCCUUGAACCUCCCCCGAUAACAGGUUCCUUGGACCCAGAAGAACUCUCCAUCGAACAAUCCACACACCACACCAGUUCCCAUCACUCGCCUACCAACAGUCAAAUAACGGAACGAGCCACACCUCUAGAAUCCGCCCUGUCUCCCAGCCUACGAGAAGAGGAGAACACCAACCACAGCACGCUCAGCAUGUACCCCCACUCCAGCAACAACCUAGCCAAGCUCCAGCACAGAAGCGUGUACACGUCAGCAGCCAGUCCCACCCUAUCGGGCAACCUCCCGAUGUCUAGCUCCAGCCCUCUGGGCAUGAGCCAGACCCUGGGACACUCACCUUCGGCCGUCAACCAGUGGCUGCUAUCCAGCGGCGACAAGCCUAUGUACCCCUCCAUGUUCGGGCUGCUGCAAGGCUCCUCUCAGAGCCCCCAGCAACAGUACCCGCCGCCAACCCCUAGUCCAGCUGGUACCCACUACGAUGACCGAUCCCAAACAGAUCAAUUGAUGCUCAGCAUGGAAUGCUCCAGUGGCAUGGCGAUGAAACAGCCCCCGACUUACCCCAGCUGCUCCAGCAGUGGCCUGCAACUAGACAUGCAGCAGGACCUGGUGUACUCGCGGAUAAGCCAGCCUAUGGUCAACCCUGCCAAGUACCAGUGGGAGAGCCAGGAGUACGAUUCGCAGCAGAGCAGUGCGUUGGUGGUGCCAGGACCUUCGAGUCUGGUACCGAAGCAGGAACCUUUCAGUGCCGCGUGUAGUGGGGAUUUAGGACAGACCUCAGGGGGGGCGUACAACGUGCAGCUGGCCGAGUACAACCCCUCCACGAGCAAGGGGCACGAGAUCCUGAGCCAGGUGUACCAGCAGAGCGCCAUGCCUCUCAAGCUGGUGCCUGUCAAGCCUCGCAAGUAUCCGAAUCGGCCCAGCAAGACGCCUGUGCACGAAAGGCCGUAUGCUUGUCCGGUGGAGAACUGUGAUAGGCGGUUUUCCAGGUCUGAUGAGCUGACGAGGCACAUCAGGAUACACACGGGGCAGAAGCCCUUCCAGUGCAGGAUCUGCAUGAGGAGUUUCUCGAGGUCGGAUCAUCUGACGACGCAUAUUCGGACGCAUACUGGGGAGAAGCCGUUUUCCUGUGACAUCUGCGGGAGGAAGUUCGCUAGGAGUGAUGAGAAGAAGAGGCAUGCGAAGGUGCACCUCAAGCAGCGCAUGAAGAAAGACAGCAAACUCGCCACCUCCAACAACAACACCUCCUCCUCCUCCCAAUCCUCCUCCCCCUCGGUCCAACCCCCUCCCCAAUCCCACCACCACCACCUGCAUCCCCACCAGUCCCACCAGUCCCACCAGUCCCACCACAUGCACCAGCAGCCCCAGACCGGCGAGGAGGUCCUGGGCCUGCCCUCGGCGAACACCCUGUGA